AUGGAUCAAUGUAAAACACUUUAUUAUGAUUAUUGUAAAACUUAUGAUGUUGAACCAAAUGAAACAAUUUUAGGCGAAAUUCAAAAAGUUUCUAAUGGUGAUAAUAAUCCAACAAAAAGUUUCAAUUUAUCUUCAUUAAGUAUUCCCGAAGCACAAUUUGUAGUCUUAGGAAAAUUAUUUACACAUGAUUGUUUAUUUACAAGUAUUCAUCUUAAUGAUUGUAAUUUAACAAGUGAAGCUUUACAAGCUUUUCUUCAUGGAUUAGUAAAGAAUACAACUUGUAGAACAUUAGAAUUAAAAGGAAAUAGUAUUCAUGGAGCUGGUACUGAAGCAUUGGCACAAGUAUUACGAAGAAAUCAAACAUUACAAAAGUAA